AUGGACGGCUACACAGCGGCGCUGACAGGCAUGGAGAGCGGAGAGCGGGGGCCGGGUCCACAGCUGCCAGGCAAGCCCUGGGGUGCCCGGGUGUGGAAGCUGUGUGGGGCUCUGGCACUUCUGGCUCUGUGUGGGGUCGCUGCCCUGCUGUUCCUCUGUCACAGUCAGACUCAAGCGCAUGGAAUAGAAAACAAUGAGCACCAGCAGCACUUAAAACACAUAUCUACAAAUGUGAGGGCUGCCAUUCAUUUGCAUGGCGAAUUCAACCCCGAGGUCCGUAACAGCUCUGUGCUCUGGAGAGAUGGGGAUGGACAUUCUUUCUUCCAGGGGGGGCUUAGACUGGUAAACAAUGAGAUCAUCAUUCCCCAAAAUGGCCUGUACUUUGUCUAUAGCCAGGUCUCGUUCCGGGUUUUAUGCAGCUCUUCAGGCGGGCAUACGAACCGACCAAUUAGUCACACGAUCAUGCGCUGGUCAGAUGCCUACAAUGACCGGAAGCCCUUGCUCAGUGCAAUAAGAACAACAUGCCAGAGAGAUGCUGAGAGCAAUGGCAGAAGCAAAAGUUGGUAUAAUGCAGUAUACAUGGGGGCGGUCUUUAGUUUAGAGAGAGAGGACAGACUGUGGACAGAGACCAAUCUGCUGAAAGAUGUGGAUGGGGAAGAUGAGAAAACAUUUUUUGGCGUGUUUGCACUGUGAGACGGAGACAGGGACACCCCCCAACUAAAUAGAGGGAAACUAACAUUUAAAAUGGUAAAACCUGAGACUUAAGCUGUGAGAUUGUGAUGAGAGACAUGACAUUUAAAUACCUGUGUCAGAUUGAUUAUUUUGCACAUCAUUAAUUUAGUGAUGCACUGUUAUAGUCAGGGUAAGACUGAAAUGAAAGAAAUUGUUUUAUGUUAAAACACAAACAUUUUUUAAGCUCAACAUUUAAAGUU